ACGGAGUUACAGCUGUCAUUGCAUCGAAUCCAUUUGCUUGCGCCGCCAUGGGUCCUUGCAUCCUUGGCCCAUGCGGAUCUUUCCACACGUCUCUGGGCAGCGGUUCUUGGACUGCGCCUCUCCCGGCCUUGCACACGCGGCUUUGUGGUUUCAUCCACGUAGACGCAUCUCCAGCUGCGCCCAGCCGCAACAAUCAUGAGGAACCAGUUUGACAUUGUGUUGACUUGCCUUUUUGCAUUGAAGUGAAGUUGAGCCUCAUCUUUCUUUCUUUUAUGUCUAUAGCGAGUUGCUGCACAUUUCUCGCCAUCGCCUGUGCUGUCAAUACUCACCCAUUUGCUUGCCUCCCCAGUGUACUUACAACUCCACUGGUAAACAAACCAGGAAGCCGAAGAAAAGACGAAACAGGACCACAUCAUAUACACUCUGCAUCAACCAUGCUCUCCCUGCGCUCGCUCACAUACCUCCUCCCUUUCCUCAGCAUAGCAUCCGCCGCUUCGCUCAACCCCCGCGAGACAGCCUGCAACAACUCCCCCGACCUCUGCUCCAAAGCCUACAACGAAAUCGUACACCUCGGUGCUCAUGACUCACCCUUCGUUCGCGAUUCCUCAACAGACGACUCCACCUCAGGAAAUCAGUACUACAACACGACCGUACAACUCUCCGCCGGCGUAAGACUAGUCUCGGCUCAAGUUCACGAGUCCAACUCGGAAUGGCACCUGUGCCACUCCUCCUGCGACCUUCUCGACGCAGGUUUACUCUCAGACUGGCUCAAAGAGAUCAAGACGUGGCUCGACGACAAUCCCAACGAAGUAGUGACAGUCCUGCUUGUUAACUCGGACGACGCUACCGUCUCAGAACUCGCCGCGCAAUUCACGACGGCCAGCAUCGUCGACGACUGCUAUGUUCCUGACUCCACGACUACACCGCCCACGACCUGGCCUACCCUUCAGGAGAUCAUUGACGAUGGCAAACGACUAAUGACCUUCGUAGCCUCGCUCGACACUAGCACAAUCACCACGAACACGUCUUACCUUAUGGACGAAUUCACAUUCAUUUUCGAAAACCCCUACGACAACACCAACACAUCGAGCUUCACAUGUGCGCCGAAUCGACCAACCGCAGUGGAAAACGACGUUAGCGCCGCAAUCGACUCCAACCGGAUGGCUCUGAUGAACCACUUUUUGUAUACUGUUGGCGCAUUUGACAUCGAAACACCUGACGUAACAGACAUCAACACCACAAACUCUGACAGUACCACAACGACGGGAGCCCUGGGGCAAGCUUUGGCUAGCUGUAAGAGCGACUACGGCGAAGUGCCCACCUUCACACUGGUGGAUUUCUUCGACCAAGGUCCCGCAAUCGAUGCCGUCGAUAAUAUGAACGGGGUUACUUCGCCAACGGGCAGGACGGCGGUGCCGGCAAGAGAUACGGAUGAGACCGAGAGCGCUAGUACAUGGAGCAAGACGAGUUUUGAGGGGGUCGAGGAACUCGCGGAAGAUGUGAAGGAUGGCCAAACGCCAAAGUUGGGCGCGUGGAUUUGGGCGGCUGGGUCGUGGACGUUUGGUGGGAUCAAUUUGAGUGGUGGUAAUGUCUUGUCGUGAGAUGCUGACCGUACAGAACGUACUGCGCCCGGAUCUUUGAGAAUUGGAUUGUAUAUUGCGCUGAAGGUGGCGUAUAUAUCGGGAAGACUUUUGCAUUGUAAGAACUUGGAAAAUACUGGCCAAAGAGAUUGGAAUUGGAGGACGUGCAUUGGAUUGUGCAGCACAGCAUGGCAUAGCGACGGCGUUUUCAUUUGGAAAAGGCAUACAGGUCUCAUCGACUUAUGCUUACGAGGACAUGAUUCACAUAUAGGUGUAUAGAAUUGGACUCUUUGGGCCUUGCU